CGGCAAGAAGCGGAGACCCCCCGCGCCAUCCCCGAUCCGGGGGUCGCGAGGAGCAGGGGGAGCAGGGAGCGUCCAUCCCGGAACGGGGAGAGGAGGGAGAGAGCGGCAACGCGCACCCAUCGCUCAUCUCUCAUUCACGUACGCGCCUCGCUCCGGAUCCUGAAUCAACGGCGUCUUCCUGGAGCCGGAUCGUCUCAAUGGAGCCAGGGCAUCUUCCUGGAGCCAAAUAAUCUCCCUGGAGCCAGGGCAUCUUCCUGGAGCCAGGGCAUCUUCCUGGAGCCAGAGUAUCUUCCUGGAGCCAGGGCAUCUUCCUGGAGCCAGGGCAUCUUCCUGGAGCUAGAGCAUCUUCCUGAAGCCAGGGCAUCUUCCUGGAGCCAGGGCAUCUUCCUGGAGCCAGGACAUCUUCCUGGAGCCAGGGCAUCUUCCUGGAGCCAGGGCAUCUUCCUGGAGCUAGAGCAUCUUCCUGAAGCCAGGGCAUCUUCCUGGAGCCAGGGCAUCUUCCUGGAGCCAGGACAUCUUCCUGGAGCUAGAGCAUCUUCCUGAAGCCAGGGCAUCUUCCUGGAGCCAGGGCAUCUUCUCGGAGCCAGGGCAUCUUCCUGGAGCCAGGACAUCUUCCUGGAGCUAGAGUAUCUUCCUGGAGCCAGGGCAUCUUCCUGGAGCUAGAGUAUCUUCCUGGAGCCAAAUCAUCUCCCUGGAGCCAGGGCAUCUUUGCGAAUCCCGGAACUGCCGUAGCUCCUGGAGCUUCUCGCUGGAGCCACCUUCCUUGUCCCCUCGCCAUCCCAAGGGGUCCGCGAUGCCGAAGGGGGAGCGGAGACCCCGGGCCCCCUGAGCCCCAGGGGUCCCACUCAUCUCAGGAGAGACGCACAGUGAGGUGGAGCGGAGCCAACCUCGGUCAUCAUGGCCGACCGAAGGCAGCUUUUCACCGAGAUGCGAGCCCAGAAUUUCGACGCGAUCCGCCUGUCCACGUACCGCGCCGCCUGCAAGCUGCGCUUCGUGCAGAAGAGGUGCAGCCUCCACCUGGUGGACACGUGGAGCCUGCUGGAGGUGUUCCGGGAGCAGGGCCUGGCGGGCCGCGCGGACGGCACGGUGACCACCGGAGCCAUGGCCCCCUCCGGCAGCGGCGGCGGUGGCGUCGGCGACGGUGGCGUCGGCGGUGGCGGCAGCGUUGGCGUGGACAUGUCGGUGGCCCAGCUGGAGCGGCUGGUGCUGUCCCUCUACGUGCAGCUCAACAAGAAGCUCUCCUCCCAGCAGCAGCUGUCGGCCGAGGCCUGCUCAGGCCUGCUGCUCUCCUUCCUGCUCGCCGCGAUCGACAGCGAGGGCCUGGAGAAGGUGACGACGUUUUCCGUGAAGGUCACCCUGGCCACGAUGUGCGGAGGCAAGAUCGUGGACAAGCUUCGAUAUCUCUUCUCGGAGCUGUCCGACGGCUCGGGGGUGCUGAUGUGGAGCCGCUUCGACCGCUUCCUGCAGGACGUGCUGGCGCUGCCCACCGCCGUGUUCGAGGGCCCGUCCUUCGGCUACAACGCGCAGACGGCGCGCGCCUGCUUCCCCAACCCCCAGCGCGUGACCCAGAGCAUCUUCCUGGACGCCCUCAUGUCGGAGCCGCCCCCCCAGUGCCUCGCGUGGCUCCCCCUCAUACACCGCCUCUGCAGCGCCGAGAAUGUGUUCCACCCGGUGGAGUGCUCGUUCUGCCACAGCGAGAGCAUGCUGGGCUUCCGCUACCGCUGCCAGCAGUGCCGCAGCUACCAGCUGUGCCAGGACUGCUUCUGGAGGGGCCAGGCGAGCAGCACCCACUCGAACCAGCACCAGAUGAAGGAGUACACCUCGUGGAAAUCCCCGGCUAAGAAGCUGGGAGCUGCCAUCUCAAAGACGCUGGGCUGCGUGUCCGGCCGUGAGAAUUCCCACGCCUUGUACCCAGAGUCUCCGGACAACGGCGCGGAGACCACGCACGUCGGCCUCCCCUGGUCCCACUCCAGUGCGAUGGACGGAGUCGUCCCUUCCUCGAACCGCAGCUCCGUGUUAAUGGCCGAGAGCCCGGGCCGCUCUGAUGACGAGCACCACCUCAUCGCGCGGUACGCGGCACGGCUGGCAGCCGAGGACAACAGGGCUCUGGCUGCGGGGGAGAUCUCUCCGCUCUCGAUGGACGUCAACAAACAUCAGCGGCAGCUCAUCGCCGAGUUGGAGAGUCGCAAUCGGGAGAUCCUGCAGGAGAUCCAGCGCCUGCGUGUGGAGCACGAGCGGGCGUCGCGGGCGCCGGCGGCGCCGCCCGACCGCGACCACCACAGCCCGGCCCUGCUCACCGAGCUGCGCCUGCUCAGGCAGCGCAAGGAGGAGUUGGAGCGCCGCAUGUCGGCGCUGCAGGAGAACCGCCGUGAGCUCGUGCAGCAGCUCGACAGCCUCAUGAAGCUUCUCAAGACCCAGGGGUCGGGGUCCCCGCGCUCGUCCCCCGGCCACACUGCGAGCCGGCCGAUCCCCACGCCGAUCCGCACCCCCUCGUGCGGCUCCUCGCCGGCCCACACCCCCCAGGAGCCCCCCCCCAGCCCCGGGGGGGACCCACACACCCCACCCUUCUCGCAGGGGUUCCGGAGGAAUCUCUGUAACGAUCUCCUCGUGGCGGCCGACUCCAUCGCGAGCACGAUGACGUCACUCGUGCGGGAGCUUGACUCGGACAUCAGUGGAGACGAGGAUGAUGGCGGGUUCUUCCCGGCGGCGCGAGAUCGAGAUCCCAUCAGAAGGCAGAGUGGGGGGGGCCGGCGCGAGUGGGAGCCCCCCCCCCACGGGCUGCCAUCGCCCCCCUCCCCCGACCUCAUCAUCCUGGCGCCGUCGAGCGCUCGGCGUCAUCUGGGGGGGUCCGGAGCCCCCCACUGCGUGCAGGACGAGGGGUUGGCGGCGCCGUCGCCGCGCGGGGCGGGCGAGGGCUGUGCCGGGGGGGAGCCCCUCAAGCAUCGGGUCCCUCCGGCCAACUCGCCACUCCCCCUCGCACACGCGCUCGAGAGCUCCUCUGGGCAAGACGAGGAUCUGGCGUCGGGGAGCAGCGCCGGCCAGCACAACAACAGCGGCGGCGGCGGCGGUGGCGGUGGAGGAAGUGGUGAUGAGGGGGGGCGGGUGAGGAGGAGCCUGGUUCAGUAACAGCGCCACGAUCGACCGAGACGGCACGGACGGGUGGAGCGGGGCCAUGGGGUCGUAUGGUCGUGGGUGGA